AUGGUGAUGGAAUAUUUUGACGUCCAUACACAGGUCCUUUGCCCAAUUUCACGCUCACCUUGGGCUGGCUGGUCCCCACCACCAGAGGGUGUCUACAAAGCAAACUUUGAUGCGGCAUUGUUUGAGCAUUGCAACUGUGCCGGACUUGGAGUGGUGGUGAGGGACUGUAAUGGCGAAGUUAUAGCAGCUUUGAGCCAAAGGAUCGCACUACCCCAUUCAGUAGAGCAAGCUGAAGCGCAAGCGGCAAGUCGAGCCGUUACACUGGCUAAUGAGUUGUGUCUGUCACGGAUGGUUUUUGAAGGAGAUUGCCAAAAGGUUAUUGUAGCCAUAAACUCAUCGGGAGCAUGCCAUACUCUGUUCGGUCACAUUAUAGAAGAGAUUCGCUGCCUAAGCUCUACUCUGGUUACUAGUUGUUUUGUGCACACUCGUAGGGAGGGUAAUAAAAUAGCCCAUGUCUUAGCUAGAAGAGCAGUUCUAACUGCAGAUAUUGAUGUUUAG